AUGUCGCGAGUUUUUCUGAAGUAUGUGGACAACACUUGCACGACCAAUAUUCUUGGCUAUCAGCUGCGAAGUCGAGGCUGGGUCUUUGAGAACAUACAGCUGGUGAGAAGCGGUCGUAUGCAAGAUGCAAGGUUUUGCAAUGCUUAUGUGGGUGUCUGGGACGACGAUUAUGCUGCAUAUAUGGCAUUGGAGCUGAACAAUGCUUUUAUUCCUGGUGUUGGCACGGUGCAGGCUGAGGUCGCCAGGCCAAGGAAUAAUGCAACGGCUGGUACAUCGAGCAAAGCUUCGCCUGCUGCAGUACCAUCGGUCAAGGCUUCGCCUGCUGCAGUACCAUUAGUCAAGGCUUCGCCUGCUGCAGUACCAUUGGUUCCGAGACCUCCGAAGUGUCCUCCACCUGCUCAUUUGCUUCCGGCUGCGAAGGUACAAGCUGCUCCAAUGCCAAUGGGAACCCCUCCGAUGGUGGAGGUGACAGCAGCUGGUACAAUGGAAAAUCCUCCGACGGUGGAGGUGCCAACAGCUGCAGCUGUUUCAAUGGAAGCCCCUCCGAUGGUGGAGGGUGAUGGCUCAACUGCUGCAGUUGCUUCAAUGGAAGCCCCUCCGAUGGUGGAGGGUGAUGGCUAUGAUGAGGAGGAGAUUGGAGAUGAGGAGCUGCAGAGGUUCAAGCAGCUGUUCCUCCACGAGCUCAUCGCGAUCGCGGACACGGCGGCGGAGAUCGAGAUCACGGCGGAGGAGGAGUUCUUCGCCUCUCCCACCGGCUGCCCGGCAGCGACUCUGAGAGUGACUUUGAGCGAGACAGAAACCAUGAGAGAGAAAGAAGGGAGCAAAGAGUAA